AUGGUGUCGGACGUCCCUGCGCUAAAGGAUAAAAAAACCGUGGUACGGGUGUUGGGUGUGCCUGCGCGAAGGGGUAAAAAGCCCGCGGAACGGGUGUCGGACGUCCCUGAGCUAAAGGAUAAAAAACCGUGGUACGGGUGUUGGGUGUGCCUGCGCGAAGGGGUAAAAAAAGCCCGCGGAACGGGUGUCGGACGUCCCUGCGCUAAAGGAAAGGACAACAAUCGCGUCAGCAAGAAUUCAUCUCUCUCUCUCUUUCUCUUCCUCCUCUCACUCUCACUAUCUUUCUCUCUUUCUAUUCCCCCCCCUUUCGCUUUCUCUCUCUCCUCUCUCUUUCUUUCCUUUCUUUCUCACCCUCUCUUUCUCCUUCUCUUCAUAACGCACUGCCACUCUUCUAGCCCAAAGAACAACAAUCGCGUCUACAAGAAUUCAUCUCUCCCUUUCUCUCUUCCCCCUUUCUCUCUCUUCCUCACUCUACGUCUUUCUCUCUCUUUCUAUCUUCCCUCUCUCACCUCUCUUUCACGCUUUCUUUCUCUACUCUCUCUCCCACUAUCACUUUAUUUGUCCCCUCUGUCUUUCACGGCCUUUUUUCUCUACCACUCUCUCUUUCUUUCUUCUCCCUCUCUCGUUCUUCCCAUCUCUCUCUUUCUCUUUUACCCCUCUCUUUCUCUCUUACAGUUUAUUUCUCUCUCUCACUCACCAUCUCUUUCUCUCCCCUCUCUCUAUUUCUAUCUCGCUCUCUCUCCUUCCUCUCACUUUCCCCACUCUCUAUCUCUCUCUUUUUCUCUAUCCCUGUCUCUUUUUUCUCCCCCUCUCUCUGAAUAUUACCCUACCCUCUCUCUCUAUUUAUCCCUUCCUUCUCUCUCUCACUCUCUCUUUCUCUACCGUCUCCCCCACUAUCACUUUAUUUGUCUGUUUCUCACGGCUUUUUUUUCUUUCCCACUCUCUCUCUCUCUCAUUCUCCCCCCUCUCGUUCUUCUCAUCUCUCACUUUCUUCCCAUCUCUCUCACCGUUUAUUUCUCUCUCAUACGCACCAUUUCUCUCUCUCUCCCUCCCCCUCUCUUUCUUCGCUCUCUUUCUUUCUUUUUUUCUCUCACUCUAUAUCUUUUUGCUUUUCCUCUGCCUCCUUUAAUAUUUUACGAUUUAUUUAUUUCGUAUUUACCAUUUCCUUCUUCGGAUUUCCUUCUUGCUUCGUUGUUUUCUCGAACAAAUCUUAGUUUCUAUUUAUUCUUUACAAUAUCUUCAUUUUAUUUCCUGUUUUACUUAAACAUUAUUUUAUCAAUACUUUUCUCUUUCUCUCUCUUUCUUUCUAUCUCUCUCUUUCUCUCUCUCUUUCUUUCUAUCUCUCUCUUUCUUUCUAUCUCUCUCUUUCUCUCUCUUUCUUUCUAUCUCUCUUUCUUUCUCUCUCUCUCUUUCUCUCUCUUUCUUUCUAUCUCUCUCUUUCUCUCUCUUUCUUUCUAUCUCUCUCUUUCUCUCUCUUUCUUACUAUCUCUCUCUUUCUCCUUCUUUAACUUUCUUGCUCUUUCAACUUUUCCUGAAUCUAUCUAUCUAUCUAUCUAUCUAUCUAUCUAUGUUCAACCGUUGUUUUCAUCUGUCUCGGAAAAAUUAGAUAUUGCAUUACAUUAUUGA